AUGUCAUUCUUCCCGAGUACGGUGUUUCUGCUAGUCGCUGCGAGACCCAUAUGUGCGUCUUUGACUUCGUUUCUCUGCCCAAUGGGGUGUUCUCGAAACGAUGUUAGUGACGCAGAGGAAUACCGUACUUGGGGAAAUUGGGAUUUGAAUUUCGGGCCUCUCUUUUUUUGCCAAUUUUUUUCACUUUGAUAAUAAUCGAAUAAUGAGAAAUUUUAAAGAUCAAAAAAUUUUAAAAUAUUUUUUAAACAGUAAAAUUUUCGUAGAAAUUUCCAAAUGAUUUAUAAAUCUUGUGCUGAAGCAGUCAAAUUUAUUUUAAAUCUUUCAUCUUGUGAAAUUGAAAUUUUUCAAAGACCAAAAAACCAUGAAAAUUCUUUGAAACAGUAAAAUUUUCGUAGAAAUUUCAAAUGAUUUAAAAAUUUUGUGAAACAGUACAUUUUUAGAAGUUUUUCCGAUUUUGAUGGAAAUUUUCAACAGUUAUAGUUGACGCAAUGAAUUUUCAAAAACUCCCAAAAAUUAUGAAUUAUUGUUGAAACGUAAAAUUUUCAGCAAAUUUUUUUUCUGAAACAGUCAAAUUUCUUGUAAUUGAAAUUUUUCAAAUACCAAAAAUCAUGAAAAUUCUUUGAAACAGUAGAUUUUUAAAAUUUGGAACUAUCUAGAAAUUUUUUGUAAAAAAUCAAAAAAUUAUAAUAAAAAAUUUUAAAACAGUGAAUUUUUCAAACCCCUGAUAUCAUGUAGAAACAAAAUGUAAACUAGUUUUUCCCCCAACAAUAAAUGAUGAUAAUUCUCGCGAAACAAAAAUCUAUUUACCUUUCCACUUUAUCUUUUGAUUUUUGCUCUUCUGAAACACAAAGUGCAAAAAACUUCCGGGAAAAAAAUUGAAAAUUUAACGCCAUUUCCAAAUUCCACGUUUAUUUUUACAGUAGGACAUUACGAACGAAUCCGAAGUCCAAAUGUGAAAUUCCGUGUCGGCGACAUUGUUUAUCACAAAAUCCUUGGCUAUCGAGCUGUUAUAAUUGGGUGGGAUGAGAAAGCAAUGGCACCAAAAGAAUUCAUUCAACAAGUGCAUCGCGGAAAAUCCGAAUGGACAAAUAAUCCGAAUUAUGCGGUUGCAAUUGAUUUGCGCGAUCGAAUGAAUCCACAAAUUGGAUAUGUUGUGCAGGAGAAUUUGGAAUUGUCGAAGGGAAGGGUUUUGCAGAUUAUUACGGCCAAGUAUUUUGAGAAGUUUGACGAGCAUCGGAAUCGAUAUGUUAUGCGACCUUUUAUGCGCGAGUUUUAUCCGGAUGAUUGA